AGAAUUUCUAGAACCACAUACAUUUGGUGGUCACUAAUAUUUGGUCUUCAUACAUUCAACACACAAAGAAGUGAUUCACUUCUUGUGUGACUCUAUCUCUGGUCAACAUUUCCUGUUACUUGGAAGAUAUUUAUGAUAUCAGCUUCUUUGAAAUGGAUCUCUUCACCCUUGAUACACAAAGAUUUUCCAGAGAGAAGGAGUGCAUCUUCAAGUUGACUGGCCUCUUUAGCAGCCUAUCAGUUUUGGUUUUUGAAAUAGUCAUUGCCAGCAACCAAUGCUGGCGCCUAUGGGAAUUCGAAGACAAUGUUGUACAGUUUGUGUCAUUUGGACUUUGGGAAGUUUAUUACCCUCAAGUAUUUAACAUCUCAGGAACUUUAAUCAAGAUGCUGGUUCAUAACCCUAUUGAUUCAACUUGGACUAUUUCACGUGAAUUUCAGUAUGUACAGAACCUGAUAGUAUGGGCUAUUUUUAUGAAGCCUAUAGUUCUGAUUUUCAGUGCAAUAGCUUUCAAGAUUAGCUGCAUGAAAGACCCAUUUCUGAAGAUGCAGAUAUAUUGCUACAUGAUCUCUACCUUACUUCUGGGUGUUAGCAGCCUCUUUAUAUUUGUUGCUGUGAGUUGGAACCACAUAGUAGAUCUUUACAGCCAAACCACUCUUGACUUUCCACCCAACUUUCCUGUCAAGAAAGAAGCCUUGAGAAGCAAAUAUGUGACUGCUGUAUUUCCAGUAGGGGUCCUGACAGCAACCAUGUCACUUUUUGGGAUGAUCAUGUUUCUUUCUGAGAUAAGGUAUUUGAAACUACAGAGUCAAGUGAAGGCCAAGUGUGUUUCCAAAGUGGCCUAUCAAGAGGCCUGAGGUGAGGGCUCCUGAAGUUCUAACAUACAACAGAUGUCUCCUAGAAGAAAAUUUCAGUUGACACACAAAACUUACAUAGUCAUCAACUUGUUCUAAUAAAUCAUCAACUUUAU